AUGGUCCAGGUCGUCCGUAAGCUCCCGGGGUUGUUGGAAUGGGAGGGCCGCCAGCAUCGUAACUCAUGUGCCUGCGUGGAUCUUCAGGAUAACUCGGCGGUGGAGGCGGUCCACCAGGAGCACCGGCCUGCGGAGGAGGUGGAUGAGGUCCAGAAUUCAUCGGUGAGGGUUGUGGCGGCGGCGCUGGAUGAGCAUUCACAGGAUGAGGCUCUGCGAUGUUGCCCGUCGAUUGAGCUCGCCGGGGAGCAAUAUGCUCAUCACCGGGAUCCUUCUUUAUGGCAGGGUCCCGGACUGGAUACUGACUAUGGAACGCGCUUGGAGGAGGACCAUGGGAAGGCGGAGGGGGGGGAGGGUGUCCUUGUGUCGGAGGGUGGGCUUGAGCUGGUGAGGGCGGAGGUUGUCGAAAGUCUUGCAUGGAUGGGUAUGGCUCUUGUUCAUGAUGACGACGGUCAUCGGGGUGAGGAGGAUGUUGGCCCGGUCUAUGGGGGUGUAAAGGAGAGACCUGGGCAGGAGGCGGUGGUGGUGGAUGAGGGUGAGGGGGAGGAUGGGGAUGAGAAUGGGGAUGAGGUUCGGAGUUGCGAGGAGGGUAAUGGGGUUGAUAUUGACCCGGCGGCGUGGGCUGUGAGGCCCGGGUGGAGGACAGAGCCAGAAAGAGCAGAGGCACGAUUGGAUGGGCGCCCAGAGAGGAAAGAGGGAAACGACAAGAAUGAGACGUAG